AUAUAUAUAUAUUUUUUAUUUAAACCGUUAACUAAUAUCCUUACCUUGCUUAUUCUUUUGGAGAUUGACAAAAAAAUGGAAGGAGAAUGGUUGGCUAGUCUUAAUAAAUUAGCAAAAAAUGAAGAAAUCGAAGAGCACGAAUAUCAUGCGUCGCUAAAUAAAGAUGUAAGGGAGGAGAAGAUAAUAUAUUCCAGCCACCUGCUAGAAUCACGUAAAUCCAAGCACAAAAUCAACAUAGAGGUAGAGACGAGAACUACCUCAACUGAUCCGAUAAUAGAUACAAAAGACAAAGACGUAUUUAAUCAACCACCAUCGAAAAGAGUCAAGAAUGAUGAACCCGAACAACAACGAAAUCCAGAAACUAAUGGAGAGGUACGACACCAUGUUUUCAAUGUAUGUUCUGCAACAAACCAUCAUGCGUAGUAAAUUAACUUUUUCUUCUCAAUAUCUAGAUCCCAGCUCACGAUGAUAAAAGUAACAAUGAGAGUAUUAUGAGCGAUUCGCCAAUUUACGACGAAUUUGCAAGGGAGAUGAAGGUGGCUGAUGAAACCAAUGAAUAUUACUCUGAUCCGGAAUCUACGGAAUCUGUUAAUAAUGAUGAUGUUGACUACGUUUAUAGUUCAGAAUCUUCGUCCUGUGAUGUUGUAGAGAAGACAAAGAUAGAGUUCACUGAAUUCGAAAAGACAUACUUAAAAAUGAAUGACUCGGACAAAUGGAAACUUUCUACGGGAAAGAU